AUUAUUUGACCACAACCCUUCCUUACCCUUCUCCCUCUCUCUCUCUCUCUCUCCCUCUCUCCCCUUCCCUCUCUCUCUCUCCCCUCUUCUCUCCUUCAAAAUUUUCCCAAUACUAAGGGAAUUAAGAUGGGCAAUGCCAAACAACCAAACUUACUCUUGCUUUUCUUCACCCUAAUUUGUGCAGCAUAUGUUAUGCAAGGUGUUGCAGGGUCCAAAAGUCAACUGGUAGUUCUUCAUGGUCAAAUUGUGUAUGAUUCUUCUCAAUCACAAAGAGAAUUACAUUUGCUGGGUAGUAGCAAAAAAUGGAUGAACAGAAACUCAAGAAGAUUGAUGAUUGGAUCGACGGCACCAACCUGCACUUACAAUGAAUGCAGAGGGUGCAAAUACAAGUGCAGAGCCGAGCAAGUUCCGGUGGAGGGCAAUGAUCCUAUCAACAGCCCGUAUCGUUACAAAUGUGUCUGCCAUAGGUGAAUCUUGUGGUUGAACAAGUUGAGCUACUAUAGGGUAUAUUUUUGCAUAUUCAUGAUUAGGAGAAUAAACUUCAUAUGGAAACGUUUUUGCACAUUUGGAUUAGAAAUCUCUCACAACAAUUUCUAGUUAUUUGAUGAGACUUUAUAUUGCAAACAAGAGAUUAUUUUUGGGAAA